AUGAACAGGAAUCAACAACGCGUAGAUGCCAUGUUCAGCGACAUUGAAAUGCACGACGAUUUCCACCGAGCGGAGGCGUUUGAGCAGUUGCUCAAUUGUGUGGCACAGAUAUCGGAUCAAGUUGAUACUCUGCCCGGUUCACUGUCAUCUCAAGAGAAAAGAGACGCCAAAAACUUCAUUCAAUGUCUUAAAACCUUUUUAGAAGCACGGCGUGGACCUGCUGCAGAUGAAGAUUUCGAAGUCAUCGACCUGGAUCCUGACCUGGAUGGUGACGGUGAUGAUGAUGGUGAUGGUGACGGUGACAGUGAUAGUGACAGUGAUGACAGUCUUGGGCCACCAAAGUGCUUGAAACAAACACAGAAUACCUUGCUUUUCUCAGGUGAGGUCGGCGAGCCCACCAUGUUUCUUUCGACUCGAUACCCGCUUUUCUCAUACUCGCACGCCACAGGCCUUGGGCAAAACUACGAGGACUGCCAUCCUCGUCACGUCCAGUCUGCUGACGAUAACGAUGCUGGAUGGUACCGCGUCUUGGAGCACGUUAAAUACAGCGCAAGUGGGUCGGCAACCUUGGGAUCCCCCUUGAAGGAUAGCGAGGUGGCCGAAGUUCGGGUUGUCGUCGGCAAGCGCUUGGAGGAGCUGAUCGAGAUCUUGACAAACAAGGAGCAGAACUUCUGGAAAGGCGCUGCCCCCUUGACCACCAUGCGCAUCCUUGCUGAACCAAUUGCCGAUGAAGCGAUUACUGAGCGCUACAUUUCGGGCCUUAGCCAGGUGGCGGCGCUAGUACAGCGCCACAUCCAGGGCUUUGUCAGUGCGUUGCGUGCAGCCGAGUAUCACGAGGCAGCACGUCAAAUGCAGCUGCUGCAAAAGUUGUCUUGUUUCAAUUCGGAGUUGCAGCAGCCAUCAGUGGCCGAACACGAGCUUUGGGAGCUUGGCAGUAUUUGCCCAGAGCUCCAAGAUUUGUCGACACAGUCGUGGGAUCAUUCUCGACUGCUACAGACUUUGAAGGGGAUGGCACGCGCCGUUGGAGAGGCUUUGCAUGAUCGCAUCCGCAAGGCCAAUGAGAAACUCCCAUUUGAUGCCGACGUCCUACCAGAGGUGCCGCAACUGAUCCAGUUUGAUUCUUGCUUGGCAUCGAUGUGCCAAGUCAAGCAGCUUUGGUCGCCCUUGGCCAAGCAGUUGCGCGAACACGCCCAAGAGGCGCAGCGCACGCUUGGCACCGUGGUUGCCGCUCUAAAAGAGAGCACGCAACAAGCUGGUUUGUUUGAUUAUAAUCAAUGGCCGGCUUUGCACCAGGCGCUCGACCUGCAUGAACGCGGUUGUGCCUAUAGCUCUGUCUCGGAGCUCGAGGUCGUGCAAACCAUGUUUGAGAACGACAAGCAAGCGCUCAACGCUGCGGUCGAGAUCAUGUGCAAGGUGAUCCAGACCAUCAGCGACCUGAUUGCCGAUUGCAGUGCAGAUGAGGCUACAGUCCAGCGACUCGGGCGUACUCUAAAUUUGUUGCAAGGGCUAGAAGAAAAUUUUGCUUCCAAGUAUUUGCCGCCCGGCCAGGCGCCGUACUUUCAGAGCCAAAAGGCCACAUUUGAAGGCGCCAUUCGGACCGGCGUUGGACGCCCCAUUAAUGAUGCAAUGGCCAAAAACAAUUUGUCGGCGGCCGAAAAGAGUCUCCAGCAGCUUUCGCUGCUUGUCGCAGUGUUUCGACGCAAUAGCGCGGUGCGGGAUGUGCAGAAUCAAGCGCGCACACUCCUCAGCCAGCUGGCCGCUCUGCACACGGAGAGCAACAUAAUCCUUGACAAAAUCGUCGAGGGCCAAGCAAGUCAAGAUGCUUUCGAGGCUAUGGCUCGCGCCACGCAGAAGCUCGUCUCAUAUCGCUGCCUUGACCCCAUCAUCGUGGAUGGUCGGAUACUGCAAGAGCCUUCAGAGCUUUUUGAAGCACAUGAAGACAACGCGACUGUACAAAUGGUCACCGUGCUUCAAGUUGCCACGACCGAGUCUGUGCUGCGACGCACAGAACAGGCGCUGCGCGAGAGCCUUGGCAGCCUCGUUUCUUCGGUGUGCGAGUCGAUUUCAACCAAGGAUCCAAUCAAUGACUUUGAGGUGCAAUAUCUCUGCCGCUUUCAUCCUCUACAAGACACGCUGGGGCCUGAGCACGUUGAACUCGAGUGUCGUCGCCUCACAACAGCGGUGGACGAGGUUGACAAAACAUUGCAGGCCUUUGAAGUUGUCAAGGCUCCGUCCACAACGCGGGAGAACGACAUGGCCUGGCUGGUCCGCACCAUUGCCUUUGCAGAGCACAUCCGCUCCAAUUGUCCCUUGUUUCAGUCUCAGGAUUGGUCGUCUCUGCGUACGAGUCUAGAGGUCAGGCGCACCGAUCUCAUGAACCAAGUUCAAGCUCAUGCGCAAACUCUGCUUGACGCAGUCCGAAGUGCAACGGCUACUGGGGACCUCGGGCAAACACGAGCUGAGCUGGCCUACCUCCAAGGCCUCAAUGACAGUUGUAACCCCGACAUGCAGAAGCUUGGGCAGCCCGUGUAUGCGCAAGCAAAGGAUGCUGUGAACCGAAAGUUGGAGCAGCUCGUUUUGGAACACCGCCAGAACCAAAGUAGUGGCAAUCUCGCGAGUGCUCAAGAGACCAAACAAGCGCUGUUGGGCGCCAGCGUACUGCAGGAGCACUUUUCUGGCAUUGAUCAGCUAUUAGCCCACUUGCAUGACGAUGACGACCGCGCUUUGAAGGAGAUCAGGUCCCAGUUUGACGCGUAUCUAGAGGAGGCAAACUAUGAGUGUGCUGAGCAACUUCUCACCGAGCUCGCUGCAACACAUGAAACGCCUGAAUGGGCUGCAUGCCACCGAUCUCUUGUGCAAUCUGCGAGCCAUGGCGACAAGCUGCAAGGCACCUUGCUGGAGAUGGAUGAGUUGGACGAGAAACUGUCCAGGCUGCAGGUGCUUGCGCCGGUCCUUCCUGAUCUUCAGCUACACGACGUGGAGGCUGAAUUUUCCAAGAGUAUCCGCAGCAUUUACAAGCGUCUACACCAGCGCUUGUGGAAAGCAACCACGACAAACCAGUUUGCUACAGCCGAGGUCUUGUAUGCACUGCUCAUUUCUUGGAGGAGUCGCGAACGCGAUGACGUAUUUGACGCCAGCCGGCUGAUUCACGAUAGCUCUCUGGACGCAAACAACGAUGCUGCCAACGAAAUGCCAGCUGAACCCAAAGGCAACUUGGCAGAAGUUGAAGUAUACGCCAGAGAGAUUGACACGACCAUACGUCAGCAAGUAGAGCAGCUUGUGCAAGCCCGUGCCGGCCCCAAACUGAGUCGAUUUGUCAAGGCUGUUGAGCGUAUUCGCGCACAAGAGUACGACCCUGACAACACGCUCUUUCCAAACUUGCUGGCUUUGGCCGAUGAUGUCAACCAGUGGGUGGAGCAAGCUGCCGCCAAGGAACUUGACGAGAUUGAAACGACCCUCUUUGAACUAGGCCCAAGCUUGGCCCGCGCGAAGCUGUGUGGGUUUGAUGAUUUCUUCUACAACCCUCUGCAGGGGGACGAGUUGCCGCCUUUCAAAUCUUCGGAGAGCCCUUUGAGUGUACAGCGAAAUGAGGUGCAUGAUGCUAUACAACAAGCCCAGGAUGCAGAGGAUCUAGAAUUGCUGACACCAGAAUCCGCUCGAAACUUGGCACAAACUUUUGCCAAAGAUGGUGUUCACGAGAGGCCAAAUUUCGUCUCGAAGCUGCGUAACAUCUGCCAGCGCGGCGUCCAAGAGCUGCAAACCCGCCAGGCUGAAGCGCUGAGGGACAAAAGGACUGGCACGUUGUUCACAGCAGCAGCUGUUGGGCGUGUUUUGGGCUUAUUGGCGUUGGAGACAGAGCUCAAAGACAAGGGCUUAGAUUCUUUCCUGAUGACCCUUCAAACCUGUUACAUCGUGCCAGCCUGCGAUGCCAUUGUCAAACGGGCAGAUGAUGAUCUGAACUGUUUCAUUGACAUGGCGAGAGCUUUUGACGUUCAGGGCGUCGAGCGACUGUUUGCCAUCUUUGACGGGAAUAUGAAGCGAUUGGAGGAGUCGCAGAGCUUUGAUAUGACCUUGCUUCAAGACGCUAAGCAGAGUUUCGCACAACUCAAAGGAGAUGUUUCUGCGGAGACGAGUGGCGCGCAGUUGGGGGCAGAGGAUGUUGAUCAGCCAUCACUGAACGACAUUUUGACCCCGAACUUUGAAGCUGAAAAGCUGGACCGACGCUUGGAAAGGCUGAAAUACCUGGCUAGCUCGCAAGCUGAAGCGCAGCAACGCAGCCAGAACUUCUUUGGAGCCAGGAGCUCGUUUGACCCUGCCAGAACGCUGACUGCCAUUGUCGCCCAUUGGCGUAGCCUCACGCAAGACCUGGUUCGAGUGUUUAAGCAGCGCUUAUCUGCACAUGACCAGGUUGACGAGAUUGCGGCAUGCUAUGCAUGGAUUGGCCAGCUCAAGGUGGUUGCCGACGCGGAUUUGGUGAGAGAUUUUGCGGAUGCCAGGCGCCGCCUCGAUAAUUCUCUGCUCAACUUUGCUCGCCAGGCCGUGACCAGCGUGCUAGCAUGUGCUAAAACCAAGGAUUGGCAGCCCAUGAAUGCCCUUUUGCGCUUUUCCUUCGACCUUGACGGCGCUUUUCUACAACAAGCCAAGGCCCAAUUGCCUGCGCCUGCGCUCUCGAUGGCGUCGGAGCAAGUCAAAGCCUUGCUGCAGCUUGUCCAAGAAGCUGACAAAGUGGGCAAUAAGAACCUGGCGAGCCUGGCAACCUGCUUGGCUUGUAUGCAAGAACUCGCGUCCAAUUGUAUCUCGGACGAAGUUCAGGCUGAGGUCCAACGUCGAACAAAGGAGCGCCUUGACCAGGUGCAGACUACUGGACCUGAUGAUACCGCAGACCUAGACCUAGGAGAUGCGCUGUCAGCAGCAGGCGAGUACGGUGAGGAGGUGAAGCGAGACUAUAAGCGCUUUGCAGCAGCCCUCAUCCGUCAGCGCCAGGAGGCAACUCGAAGCAUGACACUUGACGUUGCGCUGAAUAAAAUGCAGCUUGGCACGAAUGCCAUUUCGACAAAACAUGCUGACCAAUUGCGAGAGGCGUACAAUCGGUAUCAGGCCAAGUUUGAAUAUCUGAUCCGCAAGCCACCAUCUGCCAUUCCAGAUUUGGUGCAUGCGGCACAACAGCAUGGCCGUAAGCUGGCACGGGAUGCCAGCGCGCUCAAGCGUGAGCUACCCGUCCUGUUGGCGUAUCUGUCUGCCAUUUGGAGCCUCUCCAGUCGUGCAACAAUUGCAAAAACAACCAAAUCCAGUCACGGCAUCUAUAAGGAGCUGCAUGUCAUCCAAAUUCUGGCCCUGUUCGAGCUUGUCGGGCUGAGCCAGUCCAAGGGGUGGAUUGCUGGCCUUGGUGCCUGGUGCAAGAGCUUCGUGCCAAAUGCAGCCAAGUCCAAGCUUGGAGGUGCCUUUGUACAGCUGCAAACGGGUGGAGGCAAGCGUAUUCUGCUGGGGUUUGCUAGCGUCAUCUACAGCCUCCUGGGCUUUGAUGUGGCCUGUGCCUGUUACAGCGCCAUCCUCAGUACUCGCGACUAUGAAGACUUUAAGGCCUUUUUUGAGCUGUUAGCUGUGAGCAAACACAUUCAAUACAGCACCUUGACAGAUUUGGCACGGGAGGCGCUCAAUACCUCUGGUGACAUCCGGGAUGCUCUCCAAACCUUGAUUGUGACGGGCAAGCUGUCCGACGGCAAGCCUCAGAGCCACACAAGGCCGACAAUUCUUUUGGUCGACGAAGUGGACACUCUGCUGUCGCCCGUUUUCUUGACGGAGCCCUACAACCCAGGCACGCUUGUUCACGACAAGGACUUUACCGCACUCAUGCGAGCAGUGUGGAGCAAUAAAACGCUCACAGCUCAGCAGGUUCAGCAGCUACCCGAAGCCCAGACCUUGCUACAGAGAUAUGUCCACGCGAAGAAUCUGAUGCCGACCAUCUUCAACCUCGUAGUGGCAGGUCGGGCUGCGAUUGAGAAGAACCAGCACCCACACAGCGUUGACGAUCAAGGGCGGAUUGUGUACAAGCGGCAGGGUCUGGAUGAAAACAGCGCUGAUGUGGUGUACGGCUACGAGACGCAGUUUGCCUACCUGAUGGAAGAAGGCCGUGGGCGCGUGCCGCCCGAAGUCUGCGCCGAUCACAUUGGCAUGCUAUUUACGGCAGGGCACUUUAGUUUCGUGAAGAUUAUUCAAAGCUUUGAUAUGAUUUCUGGCGUGACUGGCACGAUGCCUGAAGACACGACUCUCUUGAACGACCGCUUCAAUAUUGAGCGCCAAUGCGUCAUGCCCUCCAUGUAUGGCGCCACGCGGCUCGUGCUUGAUCCGGUGCUAAUCACCGAAAACAUGGCGCAGCAGCAUCAAGCGAUCGCCGACGAGUGUCAUGUUCGCUCCUCGGGACGCGCCGUGAUUGUGUUCUUCCCCAAUUCGACAGCACGCGAGGCCUUCCAGGCCUCUGCUGAGUUUCAGGGCAAGCUGGGUGGGCGCGACAUCAACAUUAUUGAUGUAGGCAAGCCAGACAUUCCUCAUCGCAUUCGGCAGGCCACGCGCCAAAACUCCAUCACCUUGGCCACGGCGCCCUUUGGCCGAGGAUCAGACUUUACGGUGCUUAAUCGUGACAUCAAGGCCAAGGGUGGUGUGCAUGUCAUUCAGGCCUUUCUGUCCACGGAAGUUGCCGAGCAGAUUCAGAUUCAGGGCCGCACGGCGCGAGAGGACAAUCCUGGUAGCUACCGCCUCGUUUUGUGUUUGCCGGAUCUUAAAAGUUUGCUCAAGGAGCAUUACCCAGACACCAUCCGAUCCGGCAGCUUUUCAAAGCUGCCCAUCGCGCUUGAUCAGGCACGGCGGGCUGUGCACGCGGAAUUCUUGAACGCGUCCUUUGCUGCACUGCGGCAGUGCGAGGCCGCCCACGUGGCCUCUCUCAAGCUGCGAGAUGAGCUCUUUGCUGGCCGACAAGGUAAUCCAGAGCGUGCCCUGCGAUAUGUUCAGCAAUACUCGUCACAUGCUGAGUAUGCAGAGGCGGCCGACGUCUUGAUGGUGGUCGACGUGUCCGGAAGCAUGACCGACUACAUGGAACAGGCAAGGGCGUUUGUGCGCACCAUCGCGCGUGAAGGAUUCCAUCUAGACUCUGCUGCAAGCCAACACCGCAUGGCCUUGUUUACGUUUGGCACGACGGCAACUGCGCUCGGCAGUGAGCCCUUGUUCACUUCCGACUGGGCUCAGCUGCAACAGCGCGUGGCUCAGAUUGCCGUCAAUGGCGCGACCAACUACUUGCCAGCUCUGGAGUUGGUUGAGCAGAGCUUGCGGGAUUUGAAGGCAAGCGAUCCGGCUCGCUACAACGCCUCAAGACGCAUCGUUUUGUUUCAGACGGACGGCAGCAACAGUGAUCGGAAUCAAACUCGGGCUAUUACUGCGACGGCACGGCGCAUCGUGGACGAACUUGAUGCCACAUUGAUGGCUGUACUCACGGGUGCGGGCGUGUCUUCCUCAAACGUGUCGUACUAUGUUGGGCGCUCCAGACAGUUUGACAGCCAAGAUCGCACGGAUGGCGCUGCACUUAGCAAGCUCAUCCUGACUGUGGACGACUACGAUGCUUUGGUUCAGCGUGCAAGCGACAUUGCUGCCUGCGCGAUAUCAGGCCAAUUGACGAGCAUGCUCUGGAGUGUCGCUGCUCCUCAUUGUAUGUAUUCCACCUGUCCUACUCUGGCGGAUCAGGACACACGUCGCAGGCGCCGGACGAGCCAGCCGCAGCACCUGCUGCAGUACCUGCCGCAGAACUUGAGCAGCUUCGUCAACACAUUCAGCACCAAGCGCGCUUUGCGCUCACCAAGCGGUCCGUGUCUCGAGCCAGAUAUCACCUUUGAAGCCUCCUUGCACUCAUCUUCGGAAUCGCCACGGAAAAACAUGUGCACCUGCUGUCUGACUCUUGCUUCAUGGCCCACCUUGCUGCAACACACCCCAGGCGACAAAGACUCUGCGAUAGCAGACGAGCGCAAGCGAGGGCAAAACUACAUCAGCGACCGGCGAGCUGCACGGCGCAAACUGACCCCGCGCUUCAUGUUGGUUCAAGAUGCCGAACUGGAUCAGGACAUGACCUCUCUGGGUAUCGCGGGGGCCUCAAGUGUCAAGCACAAUGCUUGA